CUGGGACAGUGGAAGUGGAAGAGGCCAGGUCCUGGCGCUUUCUCCUCCCGCCGCCUGGUUCUCACCUCGCCAUGGUUCGUCUGCCUCUGCAGUGUCUCCUCUGGGGCAGCUUUCUGACCGCCGUCCACCCAGAACCACCCACUUCAUGCAGAGAAAACCAAUACCUAACAAACAGCCGGUGCUGUAAUUUGUGCCCACCAGGACAGAAACUGGUGAACGACUGCACAGAGGUCACCGAAACAGAAUGCCUUCCCUGCAGUAAAGGCGAAUUCCUAGCCACCCGCAACAGAGAGAAAUACUGUCACCAGCACAGAUACUGCAACCCCAACCUAGGGCUCCAGAUCCAGACGGAGGGCACCUCAAUAACAGACACCGUUUGCAUAUGUGACGAAGGCCAUCACUGUACCAGUCACACCUGCGAAAGUUGCACCCCGCACAGCUUGUGUCUCCCUGGCUUCGGGGUCGAGCAGAUGGCUACAGGGGUUUCUGAUACCAUCUGUGAACCCUGCUCGGUCGGCUUCUUCUCCAGUGUGUCAUCUGCUUUUGAAAAGUGUCACCCUUGGACAAGCUGCGAGAGCAAAGGCCUGGUGGAACAACAUUCAGGGACUAACAAGACAGAUGUUGUCUGUGGUUUCCAGAAUCGGAUGCGAGCCCUGGUGGUGAUCCCCAUCACGAUGGUGAUCCUGUUCACUGUCCUGUUGGUAUCUGCCUGUAUCAGAAAGAUGGCCAAGAAGCAGGAGACUAAGGCCCUGCACCCUAAGGCUGAAAGGCAGGAUCCUGUGGAGACGAUUGAUCCAGAGGAUUUUCUUGGCCCCCACUCCACCCCUCCAGUGCAGGAGACCUUACACUGGUGUCAGCCGGUCACCCAGGAGGAUGGCAAAGAAAGCCGCAUCUCCGUGCAGGAGCGAGAGUGAGGCUGUGUGUGCCCAGGAGCGUGGUGGCACCGGCCUGUGGGCACGUGGCUGGAGAGCCUGGGGCUGCUGCUGGUGAGGGCGACAGCCCCCCUCUGCCUGCACCCCUGCAGUCCAGAAACAGUUCAUCUCGGGGAACCUUUCACCCCAGCCGUAGAGCCCAUUCAAUCUCCCAACUUGAUUUCAAAGAUGGUAACAAAACUUUGGGGAGGCCGUACAAGGGUAUCCACCAAACCUUCCAACCCAGCGGUUUGGUGCCAACAGGUGUAACGCGGUGGCUUCUGUGAGCCCAGGAGGCAUAUGCAUAGAUACACAUCGCAGCACUGUUUGUGACAGUGAGCAACUGGAAACUGCUUAACUGUCCAUCAACAGGGGACUGGCUAAAUAAAACUGUAAUAUAUUUAUGCAA